CCCUUCUUGGCUGGGUGUCCGCGCCCGGGAGCCCAAAUCCCUCCGCUGCCCGGACGCGCGGAACUCGCGGCUGGAGUCGGCUCGCGGGAGCCUCCUCCCUCCCUUCCCCUUCCCUGCCCCCUUCCCCCACCCCCGAUCCGGCUCGGAGCGGCGGCCAGAGGAACCCCGAGCCUUGACCCAGGCCCGCGCUGGAGGGAUGGAGAACUCCUCGGCAGCUUCUGCCUCCUCCGAGGCUGGGAGCAGCCGCUCCCAGGAGAUUGAGGAGCUCGAGCGGUUCAUCGACAGCUACGUGCUCGAGUACCAGGUGCAGGGGCUGCUGGCAGACAAGACGGAGGGUGACGGUGAGAGCGAGAAAACGCAGUCCCACAUCUCCCAGGAGGAAGCACUCAAUGGUGGACCACCCAUGAAAGUCUUAACAGAAGAAUGGACAGCGGACUGCAGCCGGCAGCUGGACAGCAGCUGUCCCUUCUCCCGAGGGCGAGCCCCCCCGCAGCAGAACGGCAGCAAGGAUAACUCUCUGGACAUGCUGGGCACAGACAUCUGGGCUGCCAACACCUUCGACUCCUUCAGUGGUGCCACCUGGGACCUGCAGCCUGAAAAGCUGGACUUCACCCAGUUCCACCGGAGGCUCCGACACACGCCCAAGCAGCCCCUGGCACACAUCGACCGUGAAGGGUGUGGAAAAGGGAAGCUGGAAGAUGGGGAUGGGAUCAACCUGAAUGACAUCGAGAAGGUCCUCCCAGCCUGGCAGGGCUACCACCCGAUGCCCCAUGAAGUGGAGAUUGCGCACACGAAGAAGCUGUUCCGGAGGAGAAGAAAUGACCGAAGACGGCAGCAAAGGCCUCCGGGAGGGAGCAAGCCCCAACAGCACGGCGACCACCAGCCGGGCAGUGCCAAACACAGCAGGGACCAUCAGAAGUCCUACCCGGGCGGCUCGGCGCCCCACCCCUCAGGGAGGCCCACCCAUCACGGCUACAGCCAGAACCGGCGCUGGCACCACGGCAACAUGAAGCACCCGCCCGGCGACAAGGGAGAGGCAGGCACCCACCGCAGUGCUAAAGACACCGUGACCGUGGACAGCCCCAAGCUUGAGGACGCCCUGGGGGACACCGGGCACAGUGGCCUGGAGUCCCCCCACAGCCCCGAUGGCCCGGCCCCAGCGGCUUCUGAGAGGCUGCCCCCGCAGCAGCCGGGAGCCCCGGAGGCCGAGGCAAAGCGUCCAGACAGUGUUACCCCCGAGCGCGUCGGGGAGCGGCCCAGAGUCACCCUGCUCCCGUCUUCCAAAGACAGGCUGCGGCGGAGGCUGAAGGAAAAGGGACCGGACGAGGUGGCCGUGGAGCCCCCCACCCCACAGCAGAACAAGAUGGACAAGCUGAUUGAGAUCCUGAACAGCAUGCGCAACAACAGCAGCGACGUGGACGCCAAGCUCAGCACCUUCAUGGAGGAGGCCCAGAACUCGACCAACUCCGAGGAGAUGCUGGGCGAGAUCGUGCGGACCAUCUACCACAAGGCCGUGUCCGACCGCAGCUUCGCCUUCACGGCCGCCAAGCUCUGCGACAAGAUGGCGCUCUUCAUGGUGGAGGGGACCAAGUUCCGCAGCCUGCUGCUCAACAUGCUCCAGAAGGACUUCACGGUGCGGGAGGCGCUGCAGCAGCAGGACGUGGAGCGCUGGCUGGGCUUCAUCACCUUCCUGUGCGAGGUGUUCGGCACCAUGCGCAGCAGCACGGGCGAGCCCUUCCGCGUGCUCGUCUGCCCCAUCUACACCUGCCUCCGCGAGCUCCUGCAGUCCCAGGACGUGAAGGAGGACGCCGUGCUGUGCUGCUCCAUGGAGCUGCAGAGCACGGGCCGGCUGCUGGAGGAGCAGCUGCCCGAGAUGAUGACCGAGCUCCUGGCCAGUGCCCGAGACAAGAUGCUGUGCCCCUCGGAGUCGAUGCUGACCCGGUCGCUGCUCCUGGAGGUCAUCGAGCUCCACGCCAACAGCUGGAACCCCCUGACGCCCCCCAUCACGCAGUACUACAACAGAACCAUCCAGAAACUGACAGCCUGA